AUGGAUUCAGGAAACGAUUCCAGAAUCAGACAAUGUGAUAGUAACAGAAUCAACAUCGCCCCGUUAGAGAUAACGGAGACUGCAGCUGUGUCGGAGCCGAAAGACAAGAGAUCAGGCGGCGGAGCAGAAGCGGCGAAAGUAGGCGGCGGCGGCGGCGUUUUCUUGACGUGGGAAGAUCUGUGGGUGACUGUAUCGCUUGGAAGGGAAGGGAACAAAGCAAUUCUUAAAGGUCUCACUGGGUAUGCCAAGCCUGGUGAGCUCUUAGCCAUCAUGGGCCCUUCUGGCUGCGGCAAGUCUACCCUCCUUGACGCUUUAGCAGGAAGACUGGAGCUGACUACUAGUCAAAGUGGGGAUAUAUUGAUCAAUGGUCGAACACAAACACUGGCUUAUGGAACAUCGGCUUAUGUGACCCAAGAGGAUACUCUGACUGCGACACUAACGGUGCGGGAGGCCGUGUACUAUUCCGCGCAGCUGCAGCUCCCGAGCUCGUUGCCGAGAUCGGAGAAGAAGGAGAUAGCGGACAUGACUAUAAAGGAGAUGGGGCUGCAGGACGCCAUGAAUACGAGAAUCGGAGGAGGGUGGGGGAACAAAGGGAUAAGCGGCGGGCAGAAACGGAGAGUGAGCAUUUGCCUGGAGAUUCUCACCCGCCCCAAGCUUCUGUUCCUCGACGAGCCAACCAGCGGUCUCGACAGCGCCGCUUCGUACUACGUGAUGAGCAAAAUUGGGCGCUUGGCACGCGAGAAUCGAACCGUGGUUGCGUCCAUUCAUCAGCCCUGCACUGAAGUUUUCAGCCUCUUCACUAGCUUGUGCCUGUUGUCUUCUGGCAGAGUUGUCUAUUUUGGCCCUGCUUCUGCUGCAAUCCAGUUUUUUGAAACCAAUGGUUUCCCUUGCCCAACUCUCCAGAAUCCAUCUGAUCAUUUCCUCAAAACCAUAAACAAAGAUUUUGACAAUGAUGAUGAGGACAUUGAACAAGGUUGUGCUAGAGGCAUCCCCACAGAAGAAGUGAUCAACAUUCUGGUAAACUCAUACAAAUCAUCUCACAGAUUCCGAGAAGUUCAAACACAGGUUGCUGAAAUAUCCAACCAGGAAGGAGAAGUGCUGAAGAAAAUCAGUCGUGCAGACUUUUUCACUCAAAGCAUUGUGCUGACAAGAAGAUCUUUCUUGAACAUGUUCCGCGAUCUUGGCUACUACUGGCUGCGCGUGGGAAUUUAUGUGGCGUUGGCUGUCGGACUAGGAUACAUGUACAACGAUGUUGAAAACAGCAACAAUUCCAUCCAGGCAAGAUGCUCAGUGCUGGUGUUUACUGCCACGUUCUUUACAUUCAUGGCGAUCGGCGGCUUCCCCUCCUUCGUGGAAGACAUGAAAGUGUUCAACAAAGAAAACCUGAACGGGCACUAUGGGUGCGGGGCAUUUGCCAUUGCCAACACACUUUCUUCCCUGCCAUACCUCUUUCUGGUGUCACUCAUUCCAGGAAUGAUUGCUUAUUUCCCAGUAGGGCUUCAAAGGGAGUUUGGGCACUUUGCAUACUUUGCCUAG